UGGGGGAACUCCCAUCGCGAGUGUCUUCACAUGCGCAGGCGCAUAACGCAUGGGUGGAAGUCACCACGUGGGAAUCUAGAAAGAUGUCUACUGCUGGUCAGCUUCUUGUUGGUGGAGAAAGAACUACUGGAGAGAGCAUCCGUAGUCAAAAUGUAAUGGCUGCUGUGUCAGUGGCCAAUAUAGUGAAGACAUCACUUGGCCCAGUCGGAUUGGACAAAAUGCUAGUGGAUGAUGUCGGGGAUGUCACGGUGACAAAUGAUGGUGCAACAAUACUGAAACUAUUAGAAGUAGAGCACCCAGCUGCCAAGGUCCUCGUUGAGCUUGCCGAGCUACAGGACCAAGAGGUCGGAGAUGGAACUACCUCUGUGGUGAUCAUCGCAGCCGAGCUACUGAAGCAUGCAGAGGAGUUAGUCUCUUACAAGAUCCACCCCACAUCCAUCAUCACUGGAUAUCGGCUGGCCUGCAAGGAAGCGUGCAAGUACAUUCAGGAGCACCUCUGUAUCAAGGUGGACGAGCUCGGACGAGAUUGUAUCAUCAACGCUGCCAAAACAUCAAUGUCUUCAAAGAUCAUUGGAGCAGAGUGUGACUUCUUCUCCAACAUGGUGGUGGACGCUGCCAUGGCAGUGAAGAGGACCAACCAGAGGGGGGAGAUCAAGUACCCAAUCAGUGCCGUCAAUAUUCUCAAGGCCCACGGGCGGAGCUCCUCCGAGAGUGUGCUUAUCAAUGGUUAUGCUCUCAACUGCACUGUAGCCUCACAAGCCAUGCCUAAGCAAGCGAACAAAGCAAAAAUAGCCUGCCUGGACUUUGCCUUGAAUAAAUCCAAAUUGAAGCUGGGCAUUUCAGUGGUGGUCGACGAUCCCGAGAAGCUGGAGGCCAUCAGAAAAAGGGAGGCUGACAUCACCAAGGAGAAGAUAGAGAAAAUACUGGCGUCAGGCGCAACGGUGGUACUCACCACGGGGGGCAUCGAUGACCUUUGUCUCAAGUACUUUGUGGAGGUUGGGGUCAUGGCCGUACGGAGGUGCAAGAAAGAGGAUCUCAAGAGAAUAGCCAGAGCCACUGGAGCCACUCUGGCAAUAUCUCUAGCCAACCUGGAGGGAGAUGAGAGCUUUGAUGCUUCCCUAUUGGGCUCUGCAGAGAGUGUCACUCAAGAGAGAGUGUGUGAUGAUGAACUUCUCUUGAUCAAAGGUCCCGGCUCUAGAAGUGCUGCAUCCAUCAUCCUCCGUGGUGCCAAUGACUUCAUGGUGGACGAGAUGGAACGCUCUGUACAUGAUGCUCUGUGUGUUGUCAAGAGAGUGCUGGAGUCCAACCAGGUGGUCCCAGGGGGCGGGGCCGUAGAGGCUGCUCUGUCCAUAUACCUGGAGAAUUUCGCCACUUCCAUUACAUCCAGAGAACAGUUGGCCAUUGCCGAGUUUGCCAGUACUCUGUUGGUGAUCCCCAAGACAUUGGCUGUAAACGCUGCCCUGGACUCCACCGACCUCGUGGCCAAACUGAGAGCUUUCCACAACGCGUCUCAAACUAUGGCCGAGAGAGAGAACCUCAAGUGGUUUGGACUGGAUCUAAUAGGAGGUGUUGUGAGGGACAACAAGAAAGCGGGUGUGUUAGAGCCAGCCAUGAGCAAGAUAAAGAGCAUCAAGUUUGCCACCGAGGCCGCCAUUACCAUUCUAAGGAUUGACGACAUGAUCAAACUAGUCCCUGAGCAAAAAGACGAGAACACUUAUGCCGAUGCUGUAGCUAGGGGAGACAUGUAGAUACCCAGGUUGUGUGUGCAUAUACUCUUAUUGUAGCCCAUCUCUUAUGUUAAUUGCGUUAUAAAGUGGAUUAUUUCAUGUCAUAUCUCUAGCCUCAUUCUCAGGCCUUCCUUUUAUUGCUGA